AUGGACACCUCGACCGCCCAGGUCAAGGUGAUCUUCACCACAAACGAGGCCGACUUGGAGCUUCCCGAAGCCAGGAGACAAUUGCUCGUGCCGGCCGACAUCAAGCGUUAUGGCCUCUCUCGAGUCCUCAACUCCGAGUCGAUGCUCAACACCUCCUCUCCCAUCCCGCUCGACUUUCUCGCCAACGGCACCUUUCUCACAACCUCGAUUGAGGAGUACCUCACCAGCGAGGGUCUGUCCUCCGAAAGCACACUGACGCUGCAGUACGUCCGCAGCCUGCUGCCACCCUCGUACGAGGCCAGCUUCGAGCACGACGACUGGGUCGCGGCCGUCGACUGCCUGUCCGCCACCUCGGCGGCUGGCCGGCUGGCCGACGGCGGCGGCACCGUUAAGGAGCGCGUCGCGAGCGCUUCCUACGACGGCCUCGUGCGGAUAUGGAAUCCCCAGGGCGAGGUGGUCGCCACCUCUGCGGCCGGCGCGGGAGGCGGCCACUCUCUGCGCCUCAACGCCUUGCGGUGGCUGUCGGCCAAGCAGGUCGCCUCGGCCGGCCUUGACCGCAAAGUUGUCGUCUGGGACUACGCCGAGUCCAACGACGGCUUCUCCGCCGCGCUCAAGCCCUCAAUGGAACUAUGGGGUCACGGCAAGUCCAUCCUCGCCAUGGACGCGAGCCUGUCGACACGCCGCCUCCUGACGGCCUCGUCCGACGGCCAAAUUGGCCUGUGGUCGACGUCGAAGCGCACUGCACCGCAGGCCGAUCCGGAGAGCCUGCCGGGAGCGCACACAACUAAGAAGGCGCGGCUUGCGGGCGCCGCGACGACGGCACAGCGAGGUCCGCUCGCGCUCAUUCCCGUGCACGACGCGCCCGUGACGGCGGCGCUCUUCCACCCGCACGACGCGACCGUCGCCUACACGGCAUCCGAGGACCACACGGUGCGCACCAUCGACCUGACGACGCAGCGGCCGGUAGCGCGCCUCGCCACCAUGCACCCGCUCUUGUGCGCCGUCGCGCUGCCUGCCCGCGGCCUCAUCGCCGCCGGCUCCUCGGCGCGCCACAUCACGCUGCUGGACCCGCGCGAGGCCGCCGCCGCGACGGCCGCCAUGACGCUGCGCGGCCACGUCAACAUGGUGUCAUCGCUGGCGGCGUCGCCCGACAAUGACUACGCGAUCGUGUCGGGGGCGCACGACGGUACGUGCCGUGUCUGGGACCUGCGCAGCGCGCGUGCGGGCACGGCCGACGAGGGCGGCGGCCGCGUCAGCCAGCCCGUCUACACGAUUGGCCGCGAGUGGCUGAGGGGCAAGAAGCUGCCGCCGGCAGGUGACGGCGUCAAGGUCCUGAGCGUCGCUUGGGACAAGACCUGGGGGAUUGUGAGCGCCGGUGAGGAUAAAAAGGUGCAGAUUAACAGAGGACGCGGGUUGCUGGCGGAGUAG